ACUUCGAGCGCGCGAGCGGUCGGUGCGGCAUUUCACUCCGUCCGAGCAAAAUGGAUCAUUAAACAGCGCAGGAUGUGACUGAGGGACACAUAAGCAACUAAACUCUUAUUUUUUGCGCCUCCGGUCACCCUGGUUAUACCACAAAUAUUGUAUUCUUUCACGUGGGUUCUUGUUUGCCUUUCUUCAUUAAUGUGCGGAUUUUUCGGCGAACACUUUCGAAGUGAUGUCAGGAGGAAAUGUGACAAAUAUAGCCGAAUGAAUAGAAAGUUAAAAGAUUUUUCAUGGAUGGGGUCUAAUCUAAUGUCAAGCUGGUUGUGAAGGUGUUUGAUCUGGUCCCCUCGACCCCAUCCGGAGUCCCCAUGGCUGCAGGAGUAGCAGCCUGGCUCCCCUUCGCUCGGGCGGCGGCCAUAGGAUGGAUGCCCGUGGCCAACCUGCCUAUGCCUGUUGCACCAUCCAAUAAGAACAAGCGACAGGAUGAGCUUAUUAUCCUCAACGUCAGCGGGCGACGCUUCCAGACAUGGCGGAACACGCUGGACCGAUACCCCGAUACACUCCUGGGGAGCUCAGAGAAAGAGUUUUUUUUCAACGAGGAGACAAGGGAGUAUUUCUUUGACAGAGAUCCAGAUGUGUUCAGAAGUAUUCUUAACUUCUACCGCACAGGGAAGCUGCACUACCCACGUUACGAGUGCAUCUCUGCCUACGAUGAGGAGCUGGCGUUUUUUGGAAUCAUUCCUGAGAUCAUCAGCGACUGCUGUUAUGAAGAGUACAAGGACCGCAAGAGGGAGAACACUGAGCGUCUAAUGGAUGACCUUGAGGACAACAAAGACAGCAAACUCCCUAACAUGACUUUCCGUGAGACCAUGUGGAGGGCCUUUGAGAACCCGCACACUAGCACCAUGGCACUAGUUUUCUACUACGUAACCGGAUUCUUCAUCGCCCUGUCCGUCAUCACCAACGUGGUUGAGACGGUUCCUUGUGGUUAUAUGCCAAAUCAGAGGGACGUCCCUUGCGGGGAACGCUACACUGAGGCGUUUUUCUGCAUGGACACAGCUUGUGUUAUGAUCUUUACAGUGGAGUAUCUGAUGCGACUGUUUGCGGCGCCCAGCCGGUACCGCUUCAUGAGAAGCGUGAUGAGCAUUAUCGAUGUGGUCGCCAUUUUACCAUAUUACAUCGGGCUCGUCAUGACCAACAAUGAGGAUGUGAGCGGAGCCUUUGUCACACUACGGGUGUUCCGCGUCUUCCGGAUCUUUAAAUUCUCCCGCCACUCCCAGGGUCUCCGAAUCCUUGGCUACACACUGAAGAGCUGCGCCUCAGAGCUUGGCUUCCUCCUCUUCUCCCUCACCAUGGCCAUCAUUAUCUUUGCCACAGUCAUGUUCUAUGCUGAGAAAGGCUCAUCGUCCAGCAAGUUCACCAGCAUCCCGGCCUCCUUCUGGUACACCAUUGUAACCAUGACAACACUGGGGUGAGUCACACACACACACACACACACACACACACACCAGGACACCAG